AUGCCACGUAAGCUACGUAAGAAUAUACGUAAGAGGAAGGGAGCAUUGAAACAUCCAAUAGUAAAACUGACACCACAACAACAGUUGCAACAACAAAUGAUGAAUGACCCCACUAUGUUGCAACAAAUGUCAAGCAACCCUAUGCUUUUAAGCCGAGUUAUUGGUGCACAGAGUGGGGGUUUAAGAGCGGCACUUUUAGCGAAAAUGGCAGGCUAUGGUGGAGCUGCAGACGGAACAGCUUAUAACCCUCAAAGUCAAAUGAAUUUGAGUUCACUCAAAAAUCAAAUAACAGAUGUCAAAAAGUCAAACAUAGACAUACAGAAACAAAUAAGUG